AUGAGCGGCAUUGGAGAGUCUCGUACGGAGCUUCUAAACUGGUUAAAUGACCUUCUGAAGCUGAAUUACAGAAAGAUCGAGGAAUGUGGUAUGGGGGCAGCGUAUUGCCAAAUAAUGGAUUCGAUCUAUGGAGACCUUCCGAUGCACAGAGUCAAGUUCAAUGCUACAGCGGAAUACGAGUUUCAAACAAAUUAUAAAGUUUUGCAGAGUUGUUUCACGAAACACCAUAUCGAAAAGACUGUCUAUGUCGAGAAAUUGAUCAGAUGUAGAUUCCAAGAUAACCUGGAGUUUUUACAGUGGCUCAAAAGAUUUUGGAUGCAGAAUAAGGACGAUACGCCGUACGAUGCAGAAGCUAGGAGGAAAUAUAGGGCGGUUUCUAGCGGUCCAGGCUCUAACAACAGUACAAUAAGUGUGACAAAGAGAAAGACUAGCGGAUUCUCAAACACAUCGUCAUCCAGUACCGGAGCAAACACUGCUAAUAACAUCACGACAAGGACCUCAUAUGGGGCCAGAAGAGUCUCGAAUGAGCAGGUGCUUGGACUGCAGGCAGAAUUAGCACAAGCACAGGGGAGUGUAGCGAGCUUGAACAGAGAAGUUAAUACGUAUAAAGAGGCUAUGAAUAUUAUGGAACGGGAGCGUAACUUUUACUUUGGUAAACUACGUGACAUCGAGAUUUUGGUGCAAUCGACACAGGAUCUCAUUAAAGAGGGCGUUUAUAACACGGGGAAUGCCGACUUGAGUAAGCUCCUGAACAAAGUCCAACAAAUCCUGUAUGCUACAGAGGAAGGUUUUGAAGUGAGUCGAGAUGAAGUUGAGAGAAAUUUAGAAGACAACGAGAUUUUGAAUGAGCCUGGGCUUUCAAAUUUCGCUGAGGGCAUUCAACAAGACAGGCCUGAACAUAAUCUAAUAACAGAUGAGGAAACCUUUUAA